AUGGGUCAAACGCUUUCAGAACCUGUCAAAGAUAAACAUUCAGACGGGGGCUCCGACAAACGUAUUGUCUAUGCCUCUUCAGCAAUGCAAGGUUGGCGUAUUAGUAUGGAAGACGCACAUACUGCCGAAUUAACGCUCAAAGAUAAAAUUGGUUAUAGCUUUUUCGGUGUUUAUGAUGGUCACGGUGGACAAAAUGUCGCCAAAUAUAGUGGAGCUCAUCUUCAUGAACGAAUUGCUAGAGACGAAAAAUUUCCUAUUGAUCUCGAAGUGGCUAUAAAAAACGGUUUCUUGGGAACCGAUGAGGAUUUAAGAAAUGACCCACAAUAUGCUAAUGAUCCCUCCGGUUGUACCGCUGUUACGGCUGUUGUGACUCCUAAUGAUUGGGUUUUUGUUGGCAAUGCUGGUGAUUCUAGAGCUGUUAUGAGCAUAGAGGGAGAGGCAUUGGCAAUGUCAAUUGAUCAUAAACCUCUUAAUAAAGCCGGUGGAUUUGUUGAAUUUGGGCGAGUGAAUGGUAAUUUGGCCUUGUCGCGAGCUAUUGGUGACUUUGAAUUCAAGCAAAACCCAAGCUUAUCGCCUGAAGAACAAAUUGUAACAGCAUUUCCUGAUGUUAAAAAAGAGAAGAUUACAGACAAAACAGAAUUCUUAGUUUUAGCUUGUGAUGGUAUAUGGGAUUGUCUUUCUUCACAACAAGUAGUUAAUUUUAUUCGUCGAGAUCUCGCCCAAUCAAGAAGCCUUAAAAUAGCUUGUGAGAAUUUGAUGGAAAGAUGCUUGGCCAAAGAUAGUGAGCUUGGUGGUAUCGGGUGCGAUAAUAUGACUGUUGUCAUUGUCGGUUUUCUCAAUGGUAGAAACGAAAAGGACUGGUAUGAUUGGAUGGCUUCAAGAUAUGGAAAUGUAGGACCAUUAUACGACGAGGAAAAUGACAAACAAAAAGGAAAUGAGUUUGCGUCAGAUUAUAUUGAUGAAGAUGCGGAUGAAGGUUUGGAGAUACCUUCAGAUACACAAGCAGAUGAUUAUCCACCUGACGAUAAUGAUCUUGAAAAUCAAAAUGAACUAACCAUUGACGAUAUUCCGCAUCGAAAAGAUAGCACUGACAGUAAUAUUUCAAGUCGUAGCAGCAGCACCGAUAGUUUCAGUAAGAUUCCCGAUAAUAAUAAAGAAAAGAAGAACGAUAAUAAUGCUGUUAGCAGUCCCACUUCUACGAAUACACAACAAUCCCCAUACGAUGCAAAAUCACCCAAUAAUGACACGGGUCAUAAUUCAUCUGCCGAAUCAACUAAAGUUCACAAGUCAGAAACUGAAGAAUCCGUUAAUUCUGUUAGUGCUGAUGGUAAAGGAAGGGCAUACAAUAGCCAAACUUGGCCUAAUAUCAACAAGUAA